GAAACGGGGGAAAGAUGGUCGCCUUCCCCGCCCCACUCCCCCCUCCUCCACCUCCCACGAAGUCGCGCGAAAACAAGACAAAACGUUCGACGUCGUAGACGCGAUCGUAAGAGAGGGCUCAGGCCUCUUUAUUGUUUGUACUAGUUAUUGUCGUCGUUACGAUAAGGCCGCGCGUGACACCAGUGAUAAAAGAGACAAAAAAAAAAAAAAGAAAGAAAUAUAUUAUAGAGUCGAAUACAGGUGAGCGUAUUUUCCUCGCGAAUUCUACCUCGAGAGACCUCCGGUUCCGUGCUCGUGUCGAGCGCUUCCGAUUCCUCGUUCCCCCUUUCUACCAUCGCCAUGCUGCGACGACUGUGGAGACUGAAGCCGAUAGCGCCGCCCGCCACGCCGUUGCAAGACUUCACGUACCACUGGAAGCAGUUGAUGAACUUUUACGUGAACCACCUGACGAAUUACAAAGCGCCGAUACAGACGACUGGUAUACCCCGUCACCUGGACAAGUUGUUAGAGAUCUUGUUGGAGGAGGAGAAGGAUGAGAAUGAGCCAGGUCCGUGUCUGGAGUACUUGUUGCAGCACAAGCUGCUGGACCUGCUGGCCACGUUGGCCGGCGCUGAGACUCCCCCAGGGAUGAGGAUGGUUUGCAUGUCAUUCUUGAGGAAGUUGCUAGGAAGAUCAAAGUACCCUUUGUUGCACCACACGUCGAUCUACGGACCGGUGCAGCGGCUGAUCUCUUUAUGCAAUGGGAAUGUACCGUCCCCCAUGGAACCUGAGGAGGUGCAGUUCCUUCUUACGCUGUGCUUCUUGGUGUGCAAGUAUCCCCACGUGACCAACAUGAUAAACGAUGCACCGACGGCCCAGAGGCACCACGUAGCUCCAAGAAGGAACUCUUCUCAGGAACGGACGGAAAUCGAGAAGGUCACCUACGUGCCAGCCAAAAGGAACAAUCCUUUGUUCGAACCUCUGGACAGCCAGACGGUCACGCUGAUCAAUCCCAAUCUGUUCAGUUCGAAGAACGACCGGCGACGGUCCUUAGGGUCGAACAGAUCGUCCAGCAAGGCCGACAACACGGUCACCACCAGCCGGUCGAACGAAUCGGUAUCUUCCAGGGAUGCUGAGAACGCGUCGCAGGACUCGAGUCCCGCCACGCAGAAACCCGUCUGUGAUUCCGAUUCUGGCGCCGCGGCCUCGGUCGGCGAGUCCCGGGACUACGAAGCCUCGCAGAAGUGCGAGGACGUGGCGCUGAUAAACGAGAUCGGCAACCACCUGCAGAACCUCAGAGUCCUGCGGCUGGACCUCGAGUUCAACGACGAUUUCGAGGACGCCGGCUGCGCGGCGAACGAUCAGAGCCUAUUGCCCUCGAAGACGCCGCAGAAAUCCAAAUGCCUUCUACUAGAUGCCUUGUUGAGUUACAUAAACACUGCGGACAAUACUGUGAGGAUAAGGGCGUGCGAGGGUAUAAUGGUACUGGCGUCCCUGGAGGAUUCGUCGUUCGCCCAGACAAUAGCAAACAGCGACCUGACGUUUUUGAUAUCGAGUAGACUAGAGAAUCUGUUCAACGCCAUUCCAGCGCACGUCGAUCCGACGGAGAUCGACAGCGUGGACGUGACGUGGGGCCUGGACUCGCCGGCGUGGACGAAGGAGAAGAAGUUCUCGGGUUGCAGGCAGGUGGCCGCGUUUUUUAUGUGGUUCGAUUAUUGCAAUCAGCUGAUAAAGGAGGCGCAUCCAGACGUGGCCGAAAUACUGGCGAAGAACAUCAGGGUGAACUUUUUCGAGAGCAUCGUGACGCCAGCCUUGGCCGAGCAUCACGUUGUUCUCAUCACCGCGUUGGUCACAAAAUGUUUGAAGGAACUGACCUCCGCCUCGCUGUGCACGGAAAUUAGUUAUUGGCUCGUGGGGCAAGACAGGGGCCCCGAAAUACCAAACGUGUGGACGUCGCCCGUAUUGUACAGGCUGAUAGACAACUGUUUCACAGACAGCGACGAUUUGACAUUGGAAACGUUGAAACUGUUCGAGGAAAUGAUAGAGAAAAGGAACGAGCAUAUAUUGCACUGUCUGGUGCUGGUUUAUUUGUCGAUGCGGGGCUAUUACGAUAACACCGCCGCCGACAGUGCGAUUGCCUCGUGGAGCGACGAGGAGGACGAACGAGAAAGAGAAAAGAAGGGCUUGAUGGAGCUCUCGUACGAGCAGAGGCACAGCAGAACGUUAGCGCCCAGUAACAUUCACAGAAUCGUAAACUGCUUCCUGUCCCUGAUUCCGCGUUAUUUGCAAACAGACACCGACGUGAACAACUACGAGCGAUACAUGGCUGACGUGGAGAGGCAGUAUUCUACUGUGCUGACAGACUGUUCGUUGAUGGCUUGGCCGUUAGAGGCGGUGACCAUCGACGACUCAGCGAGUUCGGACUCGCGGCCAGAAGCGGACCACUGUUCCGUACGGUUCUACGUGGGCCCGUUUAUGACGAUGCUGUUCGAGAAGGUGGCCAAUAUACCGCGGCAAAAGUACGAGAUCAACCUGCAGCUAACAGUCGUGAUCUCGAGGCUGGCGCUCUUACCUCAUCCGUACCUGCAUGAAUUUUUAUUGAAUCCGUUGCUACCGUUGGCACCCGGCACAAAAAACUUGUUCACUUGCUUGCAAAAAGUUGUCAAGCAGCUCGUGAACGAAGUACCAAAGACGCCCGAUCACAAGCAAAUGCUGAAGGAGACGCGAGAACGUUUGCUGCAGGACUGUACCCACGAAGGGGGGAAGGAGAAUACCCUGUUCGAAAGCGUGAUCGUCACGGAAGAAUUUUGCAAAGAACUCGCUGCGAUAGCGUACGUCAAAUACCACCAUUCUAUGUGAUAACCGAUAUCAAAGAACAAUGUAAAUUAUAGGUAUUAUUAACGUAUUAUGGCCGAAUAAUUUACUUAAUGAUCGAUCGUCGUUCUAGAUACGCUUAAAUAGAAAAUUGUUUUUGUGAUGACUUUGUAAGAUACAUAAAACGUAUUUAUAAGUAUAGCGGAUAAUAUAUUAAUGUUACUA